UAUAGCAGUGGAGUGAAGUUGGUGAAACUAUAUUGCAAACCAAGCAAAGAAAUGAUUUUGUAGCCCUGUUUGCAGGGUCUGUUUUACAUUUGCGUACGUUGCUGCAGAGUUUGAGAAGAAGGUGCCAUGGCAGCCACAUUCCCUUACAGAGGUGUUCCCCCUGGAAUGCCACCAGGGGUACCUCCACCCGCUCCAGUGCCAGACUACAUGUCUGAAGAGAAACUGCAAGAGAAAGCUCGUAAAUGGCAGCAGCUACAGGCAAAACGCUACUCUGAGAAGAGAAAGUUUGGCUUUGUGGAUGCUCAGAAGGAGGACAUGCCACCUGAGCAUGUGCGAAAGAUCAUCAGGGACCACGGUGACAUGACCAACAGGAAGUUCCGUCAUGACAAGAGAGUCUAUCUUGGUGCACUGAAGUACAUGCCUCACGCUGUGCUGAAGUUGCUGGAGAAUAUGCCCAUGCCCUGGGAGCAGAUCAGAGACGUCCCAGUGCUCUACCACAUCACAGGAGCCAUCUCCUUCGUCAAUGAGAUUCCAUGGGUCAUCGAACCUGUCUACAUUGCGCAGUGGGGGACCAUGUGGAUCAUGAUGCGUCGUGAGAAGAGGGACAGACGUCAUUUUAAGCGCAUGCGCUUCCCACCCUUUGAUGAUGAAGAGCCUCCUUUGGAUUAUGCUGAUAACAUCCUGGACGUGGAGCCCCUGGAGGCCAUCCAGAUGGAGCUGGACCCAGAGGAGGAUGUCUCUGUGGUGGACUGGCUGUAUGAGCACCAGCCCUUGAAGGACAACACAAAGUAUGUGAAUGGUGCCACAUACCGACGUUGGCAGUUCACCUUGCCCAUGAUGUCCACUCUGUACCGUCUGGCCAAUCAGCUGUUAACUGACCUGGUGGACGACAACUACUUCUACCUGUUUGACCUGAAAGCUUUCUUCACCUCAAAGGCUCUGAACAUGGCAAUUCCUGGAGGGCCCAAGUUUGAGCCCUUGGUUAGAGACAUCAAUCUCCAGGAUGAAGACUGGAAUGAGUUUAAUGACAUCAACAAGAUCAUCAUCAGACAGCCAAUCAGGACAGAGUAUAAGAUUGCAUUCCCGUACCUGUACAACAACCUGCCUCACCAUGUGCAUCUCACUUGGUACCACACACCCAACGUGGUUUUCAUUAAGACUGAGGAUCCUGAUCUGCCUGCCUUCUACUUUGAUCCUCUGAUCAACCCCAUCUCUCACCGACACUCUGUCAAAAGUCAGGAGCCCCUCCCUGAUGAUGAUGAGGAAUUUGAGCUGCCGGAGUACGUGGAGCCCUUCCUCAAAGAAACCCCCCUGUACACCGACAACACAGCCAAUGGCAUUGCUUUGCUCUGGGCUCCUCGGCCUUUCAAUCUGCGUUCAGGGAGAACACGACGUGCCAUCGACAUACCUCUCAUCAAAAACUGGUACCGUGAGCACUGUCCUGCUGGCCAGCCGGUGAAAGUCCGCGUGUCUUACCAGAAGCUUCUGAAGUACUAUGUGCUCAAUGCUCUCAAACACAGACCACCCAAAGCACAGAAGAAGAGGUACCUGUUCCGCUCCUUUAAGGCCACCAAGUUCUUCCAAUCGACUAAGCUGGAUUGGGUGGAGGUUGGGCUGCAGGUGUGUCGUCAGGGGUACAACAUGCUUAACCUGUUGAUUCACAGAAAGAACCUCAACUAUCUUCACUUGGACUACAACUUUAACCUGAAGCCUGUCAAGACCCUCACCACAAAGGAGCGUAAGAAGUCCCGAUUCGGGAACGCGUUCCACUUGUGUAGAGAGGUUCUCCGUCUGAGCAAACUGGUGGUGGACAGCCAUGUCCAGUACAGACUGGGAAACGUUGAUGCCUUCCAGUUGGCAGACGGACUUCAGUACAUCUUCGCCCACGUGGGUCAGCUGACUGGCAUGUACCGUUACAAGUACAAACUCAUGAGGCAGAUCAGGAUGUGCAAAGACUUGAAGCAUCUCAUCUACUACCGCUUCAACACAGGGCCAGUCGGGAAGGGUCCGGGCUGUGGUUUCUGGGCUCCAGGCUGGAGAGUCUGGCUGUUUUUCAUGAGAGGUAUCACCCCUCUGCUGGAGAGAUGGCUAGGCAACCUGCUCGCCAGGCAGUUCGAAGGCCGACACUCUAAGGGUGUGGCAAAAACGGUCACCAAGCAGCGCGUGGAGUCUCACUUUGACCUGGAGCUCCGAGCUGCGGUGAUGCACGACAUCCUGGACAUGAUGCCUGAGGGUAUCAAGCAAAACAAAGCCAGGACCAUCCUGCAGCAUCUCAGCGAGUCCUGGAGGUGCUGGAAGGCCAACAUUCCCUGGAAGGUUCCAGGACUUCCAACCCCCAUCGAGAACAUGAUCCUUCGCUACGUGAAGGCCAAAGCUGACUGGUGGACGAACACAGCCCACUACAACCGUGAGCGAAUCAGGCGAGGUGCAACAGUGGACAAGACUGUCUGCAAGAAGAACCUGGGUCGCCUCACUCGACUCUACCUGAAGGCUGAACAGGAGAGACAGCACAAUUACCUGAAGGAUGGUCCAUACAUUACAGCAGAGGAGGCCGUGGCCAUUUACACCACCACUGUGCACUGGCUGGAGAGCCGUCGUUUCUCCCCUAUCCCUUUCCCUCCGCUCUCCUACAAACACGACACCAAACUGCUCAUCCUUGCUCUGGAGAGGCUCAAGGAAGCCUAUAGCGUGAAGUCCAGGUUGAACCAAUCGCAGCGAGAGGAGCUGGGUCUGAUUGAACAGGCCUAUGACAACCCUCACGAAGCUUUGUCCAGGAUCAAACGUCAUUUAUUAACCCAGAGAGCCUUCAAAGAGGUUGGCAUAGAGUUCAUGGACCUCUACAGUCACCUGGUGCCAGUGUACGACGUGGAGCCCUUGGAGAAGAUUACUGACGCCUACCUGGACCAGUACCUCUGGUACGAGGCGGACAAACGCAGGCUCUUUCCUCCCUGGAUCAAACCGGCCGACACAGAACCGCCACCUUUGCUUGUCUACAAAUGGUGCCAAGGCAUCAACAAUCUUCAGGAUGUGUGGGACACCACGGAAGGUGAAUGCAACGUCAUGUUGGAGUCACGAUUUGAGAAGAUGUACGAGAAGAUCGACCUCACGCUGCUCAACAGGCUGCUGCGUCUCAUCGUUGACCACAACAUCGCUGAUUACAUGACAGCCAAGAACAACGUUGUCAUUAACUACAAGGACAUGAAUCACACCAACUCCUACGGCAUCAUCCGUGGUCUGCAGUUCGCCUCCUUCAUUGUGCAGUAUUAUGGACUGGUGAUGGACCUACUGGUCCUGGGUCUGCAUCGCGCCAGUGAGAUGGCAGGACCACCGCAGAUGCCCAACGACUUCUUAAGCUUCCAGGACACAGCCACCGAGAGUGCUCACCCAAUACGUCUUUACUGCAGAUACAUCGACCGCAUCCACAUCUUCUUCAGGUUCUCGGCUGAUGAUGCCAGGGACUUAAUUCAGAGGUACCUGACAGAACAUCCUGACCCAAACAAUGAGAAUAUCGUUGGCUACAACAAUAAGAAGUGCUGGCCCAGAGAUGCUCGCAUGAGGCUGAUGAAGCAUGACGUUAACCUGGGCCGUGCCGUGUUCUGGGAUAUCAAGAACCGUUUGCCUCGUUCGGUGACCACGGUGCAGUGGGAGAACAGCUUCGUGUCCGUGUACAGCAAAGACAAUCCCAACCUGCUCUUCAACAUGUGCGGUUUCGAGUGUCGCAUCCUGCCCAAGUGCCGCACCAGUUACGAGGAGUUCACCCACAAGGACGGCGUGUGGAACCUGCAGAACGAGGUGACGAAGGAAAGGACUGCCCAGUGCUUCCUGCGUGUUGACGACGAGUCCAUGCAGAGAUUCCACAACAGAGUCCGCCAGAUUCUCAUGGCGUCUGGAUCUACCACCUUUACCAAGAUUGUCAACAAAUGGAACACGGCCCUGAUUGGGUUGAUGACCUACUUCCGUGAGGCCGUGGUGAACACUCAGGAGCUGCUCGACCUGCUGGUUAAGUGUGAAAACAAGAUCCAGACACGUAUCAAGAUCGGACUGAACUCCAAAAUGCCCAGCCGUUUCCCCCCAGUGGUCUUUUACACGCCCAAAGAGUUGGGAGGUCUGGGCAUGUUGUCCAUGGGCCAUGUACUCAUCCCACAGUCAGAUCUGAGGUGGUCUAAACAGACAGAUGUGGGCAUCACUCAUUUCCGUUCUGGUAUGAGCCACGAGGAGGAUCAGCUGAUUCCCAAUCUUUACCGUUACAUCCAGCCCUGGGAGAGCGAGUUCAUCGACUCUCAGAGAGUCUGGGCUGAGUAUGCUCUCAAGAGACAGGAGGCCAUCGCCCAGAACAGGCGACUGACACUGGAAGAUUUGGAAGACUCCUGGGACAGAGGCAUUCCCCGUAUCAACACGCUCUUCCAGAAGGACAGACACACGCUUGCCUACGACAAAGGCUGGAGAGUCCGAACAGACUUCAAACAGUAUCAGGUACUGAAACAGAACCCGUUCUGGUGGACCCACCAGAGACACGAUGGCAAACUGUGGAACCUAAACAACUACCGGACAGACAUGAUCCAGGCUUUGGGCGGAGUGGAAGGAAUCUUGGAGCACACGCUUUUUAAGGGAACGUACUUUCCAACCUGGGAGGGUCUCUUCUGGGAAAAGGCCAGUGGCUUUGAGGAGUCCAUGAAGUGGAAGAAACUGACCAAUGCUCAGAGAUCCGGUCUGAAUCAGAUCCCCAAUCGUCGCUUCACGCUCUGGUGGUCUCCCACCAUCAACAGAGCCAAUGUGUACGUGGGUUUCCAGGUGCAGCUGGAUCUCACUGGAAUCUUUAUGCAUGGCAAAAUCCCAACCCUCAAGAUUUCUCUGAUCCAGAUCUUCAGAGCUCACUUGUGGCAGAAGAUCCAUGAGAGCAUUGUCAUGGAUCUCUGUCAGGUGUUUGACCAAGAGCUUGACGCUCUGGAAAUAGAGACGGUCCAGAAAGAGACCAUUCAUCCCAGAAAGUCCUACAAAAUGAAUUCCUCCUGCGCUGACAUUCUUCUCUUUGCCUCCUAUAAGUGGAAUGUCUCACGGCCAUCUCUGCUCGCAGACUCAAAGGACUUGAUGGACAGCACCACCACUCAGAAGUACUGGAUUGACAUUCAGCUCAGGUGGGGAGAUUACGACUCCCAUGACAUUGAGAGAUAUGCCAGGGCUAAAUUCCUUGACUACACCACGGACAACAUGAGUAUCUACCCAUCUCCCACUGGGGUCCUGAUUGCCAUUGACUUGGCCUACAAUCUACACAGUGCCUAUGGAAACUGGUUCCCGGGAAGCAAACCUCUGAUCCAACAGGCCAUGGCCAAGAUCAUGAAGGCCAACCCUGCUCUGUAUGUGCUGAGGGAGCGCAUCCGUAAAGGCCUGCAGCUCUACUCCUCCGAGCCCACCGAGCCCUACCUGUCCUCCCAGAACUACGGAGAGCUCUUCUCCAACCAGAUCAUCUGGUUUGUGGAUGACACCAACGUGUACAGAGUCACCAUCCACAAGACCUUUGAGGGUAACUUGACCACAAAACCCAUCAAUGGGGCUAUUUUCAUCUUCAAUCCGAGAACCGGGCAGCUCUUCCUGAAAAUCAUCCACACAUCUGUGUGGGCAGGACAGAAGCGUCUUGGCCAGCUGGCCAAGUGGAAGACUGCUGAGGAAGUGGCUGCCCUGAUCCGAUCACUGCCUGUUGAGGAGCAGCCCAAGCAGAUCAUUGUAACCAGGAAAGGAAUGUUGGAUCCUCUUGAGGUUCACUUGUUAGAUUUCCCUAACAUUGUGAUCAAGGGCUCUGAGCUGCAGCUGCCUUUCCAGGCCUGUCUGAAGGUUGAGAAGUUUGGUGACCUCAUUCUGAAGGCCACAGAGCCACAGAUGGUCCUGUUCAAUCUCUAUGACGACUGGCUCAAGACCAUCUCCUCCUACACUGCGUUCUCCCGUCUGAUCCUGAUCCUGAGGGCGUUGCAUGUGAAUAACGACCGCGCUAAAGUCAUCCUGAAACCAGACAAAACCACCAUCACAGAACCGCACCACAUCUGGCCUACCCUGACAGACGAGGAAUGGAUCAAGGUGGAGGUGCAACUCAAAGACCUCAUCCUGGCUGACUAUGGCAAGAAGAACAAUGUGAACGUGGCGUCUCUGACUCAGUCUGAGAUUAGGGACAUCAUUUUGGGAAUGGAGAUCUCUGCUCCGUCCCAGCAGAGACAGCAGAUUGCCGAGAUUGAGAAACAGACCAAGGAGCAGUCUCAGCUGACCGCCACGCAGACUCGCACCGUCAACAAACACGGCGACGAGAUCAUCACUUCCACCACCAGCAACUAUGAGACCCAGACCUUCUCCUCCAAAACCGAAUGGAGAGUCAGGGCCAUCUCUGCUGCUAAUCUGCACUUGCGUACAAACCACAUCUACGUGUCAUCAGAUGACAUCAAGGAAACUGGCUACACUUACAUUCUGCCUAAGAACGUUCUGAAAAAGUUUAUCUGCAUCUCUGAUCUCCGUGCACAGAUUGCAGGCUACCUGUAUGGCACAAGUCCUCCAGACAACCCCCAGGUGAAGGAGAUCCGUUGUAUAGUAAUGGUUCCACAGUGGGGAACACACCAGACCGUUCAUCUGCCCAAUCAGCUCCCACAGCAUGAGUACCUCAAGGAAAUGGAGCCCCUGGGCUGGAUCCACACACAGCCCAAUGAAUCGCCCCAGCUCUCUCCUCAGGACGUCACCACGCACGCGAAGGUUAUGGCCGACAACCCUUCCUGGGACGGUGAGAAGACCAUCAUCAUCACCUGCAGUUUCACUCCUGGAUCCUGCACGCUGACAGCCUACAAACUGACUCCCAGUGGCUAUGAGUGGGGUCGACAGAACACAGACAAAGGGAAUAAUCCCAAGGGUUACCUGCCCUCGCACUACGAGAGGGUUCAGAUGCUGCUGUCUGACCGCUUCCUUGGCUUCUUCAUGGUGCCUGGGCAGGUGUCCUGGAACUACAACUUCAUGGGUGUUCGUCACGACCCCAACAUGAAGUACGACCUUCAGCUCGCCAACCCCAAAGAAUUUUACCACGAGGUUCACCGACCAUCGCACUUUCUCAACUUUGCCUCCCUGCAAGAAGGCGAGAUUUACAACGCAGAUCGUGAAGACAUGUACGCUUAGCCUGAGCAGUUCGUUCCUGUUUGUUUUCGGCAGGUACCUGAUAAGGGCUUGUACAGAGAAGCGUAGUUUGCCCUUUUCACCAAGGCGCUCUGUCGACGUUAGGCUUACCAUUGAACCCUAGAAAGUCCAAGUAGAAUUGUUUUCUCAAAUUAUGGUUUAAUCAGCAGCUCUCCAUGGUUUUGUGAACUGCGAUGGCAUGGCAAUUCUUCAGCAUGUUAAUUUAAUUGACAUUACACAUUUCUCAAACUGUAUUUUUGUGAAACUAAUUGUUGUAGUACAUAUACAUCUCUGAGUGGAUCUGUGUGAAUUUUUGAGGGGAAAGGAAAAUCAGUACUUUUUUUUUUUUUUUUUCUUCCCAAUUCCUGUCGUACAUGAAAUUUGUUCUUUUUUAUAAGCCAGUAGAAAUUUUUCUGCUCCCCGUCACUGUUGUGUAUCUGUUGUGUACACUGUAGUUGGGGUUGAAAUAAAGAAACAUU